ACGGCAGACGCCACCUCGUGCCGGGAAUCGCCGCGUCCUCGUCCGCUUCUCUGCGCUAUGUCGGGUGGCCUCCUGAAGGCGCUGCGCAGCGACUCCUACGUGGAGCUGAGCCAGUACCGGGACCAGCACUUCCGGUAGAGACGGGGUUUCACCGUGUUAGCCAGGAUGGUCUCGAUCUCCUGACCUCGUGAUCCGCUCGCCUCGGCCUCCCAAAGUGCUGGGAUUACAGGCGUGAGCCGCUGUGCGCGACCCUGAUGAGCCAUUUUGGAUCCAGGGAUUUGUCAGGGUGACAAUGAAGAACAAGAAAAAUUACUGAAGAAAAGCUGUACGUUAUAUGUUGGAAAUCUUUCUUUUUACACAACCGAAGAACAAAUCUACGAACUCUUCAGCAAAAGUGGUGACAUAAAGAAAAUCAUUAUGGGUCUGGAUAAAAUGAAGAAAACAGCAUGUGGAUUCUGUUUUGUGGAAUAUUACUCACGUGCAGAUGCCGAAAAUGCCAUGCGGUACAUAAAUGGAACACGUCUGGAUGACCGAAUCAUUCGCACAGACUGGGACGCAGGCUUUAAGGAGGGCAGGCAGUACGGCCGUGGGCGAUCUGGGGGCCAGGUUCGGGAUGAGUAUCGGCAGGACUAUGACGCUGGAAGAGGAGGCUAUGGAAAACUGGCCCAGAACCAGUGAGUGAUGAGAACUCUGUCAGUGACUAGCACUCGUUUGGCUUGUUGAAUUGAUUGAAAAACAUCACCAAAAGUCUGCAAACGAGCCCAUUUUUACCAAGCUUUGAUCAGUGUCUUUACUGAACUGGAAGCCUCUGAAAGUUAUUAAAGGACAGAACCCAAAAGAAUGCCUUUAA